AUGACAAGCAGCAAUAUAGGAACUGUAUACUAUGAAGAUAUUCCACCAGGAACACUUAAUGAAGAUGAAUUUAUAUGCACGGAAAAAAUUGUUCCAAGAAAAAUUAAACCCCAAAAUAUUGUUAUAAGACUGAUGGACAGAGAAAUUUAUGGUUCUAGAAAGCCAGGAUCUCAUUUUCAUGUUGUCAGAGAGUUCUAUCAGAAUGUGUUUCCUAAUUUAACAAUAGUAAAUGUAGAGAAACCACCAUGUUUUUUACGAAAAUUUAGUCCAGAUGGCAAACAUUUUAUAGCGUUUUCUGCAGAUCAAACGUCUCUUGAGAUUUACGAGUACAGGGGGGCCCCAGCAGCCGGGGAUCUUGUUGCAGGAUACCCAUCGGAUUUGUUAAAUGCUGAUGCAGAUGCACAUCAUGGAAUACGCACACAUAUAUUCUACAGGUUUUUUAAGCCAAAAUUUACAGUUAAUGUUUGCCAGCAAAGACUGAUUUCAUAUCGCAACCCUGGACAGCUCCCAUUCAUUGAGCAACAACUAAAUCGUGAGUGCAGCCUGUUUACUGAGGACGGCCGAUAUGUAAUAGUGGGGUCGGCAGCUCAUAUCCCUGAUGAUCUUCGGCCUCACUUUUAUCAUAUACACAGUAAUAAUGAAGCUGUUACACCAACAAUCAGAUCAGCACUAGAAGAUUAUUCCCUUCACUUAGUAGAUCUCCAUCAUGGGAAACUAUGUGACACCAAGCACUUUAGAAUUGACAAAAUCUACCUAUCGCACAACCAAGGAAUUUAUCUUUACAAAGAAGUUUUAGCGGUACUCUCUGUACAGCACCAAACAAUCCACCUAUUUCAAAUAGUUGAGGGUAUGUUAAUAGAAAUAAGAAAAAUCGGCAGAUUCUGCUACGACGACGAUCCAUUUAUUGUAAGCUCGGUAUUUGCACCGCAUACAAACGAAAGACCGUUUCAUGAAGAGACAAUAAACAGUUUGAAACAUAGACUACUUGUAUUUCUUUUUAAAAGAGCUAAAACAAUCAGUGAUGAAACAAGAGAUCCAUUUGAACUGAGAAAGUUUUACAAGUACUUCGAUAUGUUUAAAAGUCUCAGAAUGUGGAAAAUGCAGCUGCUAGAUGUAGACCAUUUAUUUAUUAAAUACGCAAGUGAAGAGGUUGUUACAUUGAGGGUGGCUGAGCCCAACAGCCAGUCUUCGUUUUUUGUUAUCUACAAUAUAAGUGAAAGUAAGAUUUUAGAGGUAUACGAAAAUACGUCGGAGGCACUGCUGCAAUUGUUUGAAAACUACUGUGACUGCUUUAGAAAUGCCAGGUUAUGUGCUGAUUCACAAUUUACUUGUUCACCGUCCAAUAAUUUAUAUGCAAGACUGACGCAGCAAAGAUUCAAGCAAACGAUUGUGAGAGCUAUUUAUGGCGGCCGAACAGAAGCAACUAAACGAAUUUUGGCACAAUUACCAAUAAGUGCACAGUCAUAUAGUGGAUCUCCUUAUUUAGAUUUAGGCCUUUUCAGUUACGACGACAAAUGGGUAUCAGUUAUGGAAAGACCUAAAGCAUAUGGAGAGUAUCCUAUUAGAUUUUACGCACGUGACUCGGGGCUGCUGAAGUUCAAGAUUUACGCCGGUGUGAUGGGGCAGUCCGUGCCGGCGAGCGCACGAAGACUUGUCGCCUUCACAUUCCACCCCACAGAUCCAUUCGCAAUCAGCGUACAACGGACAAAUUCCGACUACAUUGUCAACUUUCAUAUAAGGAAUGCAGUUUUCAGUUGA